CACAUGGAGUCGAAGGAGUGCCACAACUGCCAAAGUGAAACAGGAACUAGGCCACAGGAUAAUGUCUUCUGGUUUUCUUUUUGAACCUUAGCAGAAACAAACUUGGUCUAUGAAAAUGGAGAGUUGUUCCUCGCAAUCAUCUACUAUACCCACCAUACCCACUUCUCUAACCAAAACUGGCUUCCUUGACAAAGCUUCUGUACAUGGUCAGCUCCUCAGAUUCCCCAGUUUCAAUAAGUAUCCACAUGCCAGAAAGCUUAAAACUUUUGACGUCAAAGCUCAAGCCUCAGUUAUUACCAAAUUCAGCUCAGGGGCAGUUGAGGCCAUUCCAAAGGAAACAGAUAUUAAAGAUGAUAAUCUUGUCUUUGUUGCUGGUGCAACUGGUAGAGUCGGGUCACGGACAGUGAGGGAGCUUCUCAAACUUGGUUUCCAAGUUAGAGCUGGAGUCAGAAGUGCUGAGAAAGCACAAACUCUUGUGCAGAGUGUUAAGCAAAUGAAACUUGAUGGUGAAGGAGCUCAGCCUGUAGAGAAGCUUGAAGUGGUAGAAUGUGAUUUAGAGAAACAAAAUCAGAUUGGAUCAGCAUUGGGCAAUGCAUCUAUUGUUAUAUGCUGCAUUGGAGCUGGUGAGAAAGAGGUCUUUGACAUUACAGGACCUUAUCGAAUUGAUUAUCAGGCUGCCAAAAACCUCAUUAAUGCAGCAACUGCUGCAAAAGUUAAACAUUUUAUUAUGGUUUCGUCAUUGGGAACAAACAAAGUUGGAUUUCCUGCAGCUAUUCUGAAUUUGUUUUGGGGUGUCUUGAUUUGGAAGAGAAAAGCAGAAGAAGUACUCAUAGCCAGUGGUAUUCCUUACACUAUAGUGAGACCUGGAGGAAUGGAGCGACCCACUGACGCAUACAAAGAAACGCAUAAUAUUACCUUAUCAGAGGAAGACACUUUAUUUGGUGGCCAAGUGUCAAAUCUUCAGGUGGCUGAACUCAUGGCAGUUAUGGCUAAAAACCGUGGGCUUUCCUACUGUAAAGUGGUGGAAGUAAUUGCUGAGACAACUGCACCCCAGACUCCAAUGGAAAAGCUUCUUGAAAAAAUACCAUCUCAACGUGUUGAACCAAAGGAACUGGAUGCAGCUGAGGGGCCUGCUACUGUGGCUCCUAAGGAGAUGGCAAUUGAAGCUCCAAGUCCAAGUUCUCUUUCUCCCAUUGAGAAGGGACCUCAACAAGCAACUGUGACAAGGCCACUGUCUCCUUAUUAUGCUUAUGAUGAUUUAAAACCACCCACUUCCCCUACUCCAACUCCACCUGGUGGUCAGAAAGAAAGAUAUGAUGAUCUCAAACCACCAACUUCCCCAUCUCCUACUCCACCAGGGGAAUCACUCCCAGCAUCUUCCUUGAAUGGAGGGUCUAAGGUGGUCAACAAUGCACCUCCAACAGCAUCAAAAGAUGAGCAGCAAAAUACAGAAGCAAAGCCAAGGCCACUUUCACCUUAUGCAAUGUAUGAAGACAUGAAGCCUCCAACUUCCCCAUCGCCAUCACCAAGGGCAUAGAAUUGAAACAACUGCACAACCAGAGGAACAAAAAGAGCGAAAAAAAGAAACAUUUCAAAGUAGUGUCAAUCUUGACAUUGUCAUUGUGCCAGGGAAUCCAUUCAACACCUGUCCUUGUAACUUAUGAAGAGGCUGGCAACUUGAUUUGCGGCUGUCAGUUCUACGAAUAUUUUUGUAAUUGGAUUCACUUUGAGAUCAGUUUUGAAUAACUCAGGCUUGACUUGUCAUUUUUUAAAAG